GCAACAGCAACAACAAACACAACAAGCUCUGCAGCUGCAACGCCGGGCUUACUGCAUUUCCGCAUCUUGUUCCUGUCGCCGCCGCCGCCGCCACCCGCCGCUGUCAUCCUUGCAGCCCAGUAGCUCCAGUCGUUGCCACAGUCGGAGUCAUCAUGCCCCUCACCCACCCACUGCCGCUCUGCGUGGCCUGGCUGCUGCUCCUCGUCGUGAUUGUGAUGAGCGACAUGACAAACGGCGGCGUGCAGGGACCCAUCGAGGGCUACAAUUCGCUGGACGACCUGCUGACAACCACGCCCACUCCCGGCCAGGCGGCCCUCCUCCUGCCCACCGCGCCCACCGCCGCCUACACCCAUCCCAAGUGGAUGGAGCCCUACUUCGAUCCCUCGACGCCGCGCAAUGUCACCGCCCUCAUGGGCAAGUCCGCCUAUCUCAGUUGCCGUGUGCGCAAUUUGGCCAACAAAACGGUGUCCUGGAUCCGGCACCGCGACAUCCACAUACUGACGGUGGGCUCGUACACCUACACCAGCGACCAGCGAUUCCAGGCGACCCAUCACCAGGACACGGAGGACUGGACACUGCAGAUAAAGUGGGCCCAGAAACGGGACGCCGGCAUGUACGAGUGCCAGAUAUCGACGCAGCCGGUGCGCAGCUAUUUCGUCCGCCUGAAUGUCGUGGUGCCAACGGCCACCAUCCUGGGAGGUCCUGACCUUCACGUGGAUAAAGGCAGCACCAUAAAUCUCACUUGCACUGUAAAGUUCAGCCCCGAACCGCCGGCCUACAUCUUUUGGUAUCACCACGAGGAGGUCAUUAAUUAUGAUUCAUCAAGAGGCGGCGUGUCGGUAAUUACCGAAAAGGGCGAUGUGACAACCUCAUUUCUGCUCAUACAGAAUGCGGAUCUGGCCGAUUCGGGCAAAUACUCCUGUGCGCCCUCCAAUGCAGAUGUGGCCAGUGUGCGUGUGCAUGUCCUAAAUGGUGAACAUCCGGAGGCAAUGCAAACUGGCUCAUCCGGUUGUCAGUACAAUUGGCUGACCAUCGUCCUGCUGCUGGGCCUUGUCCUGUGCUACAGUAGUCAACAGUGCAGCUCCGCAGUGCCAUCGUCAUUAACAUCGCCAUUACCAUCACCAUCGCAAUUACCAUUGCCAGCGGCUGCAGCAGCAGCAGCAGCAGCAACUGCAACGGGAGAAAGUGCAUCCAGUGAAAGUGUGGCAGCCGCAAGAGCAUCAUCAGCAGCAGCAACAGCAACGACUACAGAAGCGAGGAAGCGUUGUCCUGCGGUCAGAAGCUGUCGCCAGACCGCCGGUCAUGUCCUGGCCAAAAGGUCCUGCCACAGAUGAUCGAAUGAAGGCCCCGCCAGCCCCAACUAAAUAGAGUAAUUUAAAGAGCCACAUGAAAUGUGUGCGAGUGAGUGUUUGCAGGAGAAGCAGCUAUGAGUGUGUGAAUGAUCGUUUGAGUGCUUGCUACUCACCCUUUAGUAUGCCAGUUCUAAACUUGUACUCAAAAACCACAUUGACGAAUAACGGCGCAGUAGAGGGUGAAUUUAACAAAUUCUUUUGAUAAGAAAUAUAACUUUUUAUUUGGCAAAAAACCCAAUUUGUUUCUUUACUUCAAU